AUGCCUCUCGCCCGCCGCGCCGCUCCUCGCACCACUACACGUGCUCGCCCGUCCCUGAAGACCCGCCUGCUGGGUGGACGCAAGACACGCACCACCAAGCGCGCACCCGCGACUACCGUCACCACUACCACGACUACCAGGACCACUCGCACAACUGGCGGUCGCCACGGUCACGCUACUACUGCGGCCCCAGUCCACCACCACAAGCGCCAUGCUACCAUGGGUGACAAGGUCAGCGGAAUGAUGAUGAAGUUGAGGGGUUCUUUGACUCGCAGGCCAGGUCUCAAGGCUGCUGGCACUCGCCGCAUGCACGGUACUGACGGUCGCAACGCCCGCCGUGUCCACUAA